GAGAGACGCAGAGAGAAAGGAGGAGAGAGGAAAAAGGAACGAGACAGGGAGAAGUGAGAGGAGCAUCUGAGAUCAUAACUGCCUGCUUGCUCAUUCUUGUCUUAUUGCUCCCCCUCCUGUCCAUUUACUUCCACUCACAGCACAAACGCUCAGCUAGGCAGGCGCAGCGGAGCUCAGAGCUCCGGUGGAUGGAUAAAAAGGUUCCCACGUGAAAGGCAUGAAUCUGCGGGAGAAGAGAAGGGUGAGAUAGAAGAAGACACAACCAGUGAGGAGAAGAAAAAGAGGUGAGGAGCAAAGGAAAGAGAGAGAAGCGAAGAGCAGAUGGACACUACACAGAGGAAAGAAAACGUUGUGAAGCUCACCGAGCAGCAGUGACAGAGAGGAGUUCACGCCAUGAGAGAAUGAGUCACUGAGAGCUGGGGAAAAAAGAAAGAGUGAGGAAGAGUGAUAAAAUCAAAACGAAGGGAAGGAGAAUAAAAAAGUUGAAAGAGAGAGGCAACUAUGGGAAGCACACAGGCCCAUCCUCUACUUUAGCCAUCCAAUCUCUUGAUGGCCCAGGGGACAAAGCAGGUAGAGCGGGGGGGCCGCCAAGUAGACAAGCCAAUGUAAUGAACACUGAAAGGAUGGACAGACUGCAUUUCCUCUCUCAAUGCUUGUUUGCCUGUAACUUCUCCAGCCUCGUCAAGGGUUCAUCUCCCUGGAUAGUUUAAAGAGAAAUGGGAAGAAGAAGCAGGACUGCACAUCUUCAGAAGACGUGGAACAUUUGUCACACACUCAUUUUAAAGAAUAUUGAUGCUGCAUAUAUUUAUUUUUCUACAAGUGUAAGACCCAUAAGGGUUUUUCAGCUGGCAUUUCUUGAAGUGAUCUAUAUUCAGUUUUUACUUGCUUAAUAAUAUUACGCCUUGAACUGUGAAUAUGGUAAUCGAUUCGUUCUUGAGGACAAUUUUAGUUGCAGAGCAGAUCAUUGCAUCUCAGAUUUAAGAUAACCUGAGCAGCUGCACGUAAUCCUGUAAAGAGACAGUCAUUAUUACUAUCCCAGCCUGGUCUGUGGUGAAACUGGAAUUCAGUCAAUCAAUUGUACAGAUCGCUCACUGUUAUAUUUGAUAUAUAGUAAAGGAGACGCAUUAACACAACUAGGCAUUCACAACAUCAAACUGCCCGCAGAGCCUGUGGAUGUUGGGGGUGCGAGAGAGACAAGAGAAAUGGUGAGCAAAGAACCCAACCACUUGCUCACAGGUCAAACUAACGGCAAGAGCACUUUGGCGAACAAGUUGCCUGGGACAAUGACUGUGCGCUCUGUGCUGCUUAAUCGAGACUCCCCAGAUAUUGAGAGCCGCCUCAAGCGGCGCCGUAACCGUACCCAUCAGGUCCGCUUUAAAGACCUGGAGGAUGGCAGCAGCAGCAGUGGCAACAGUGGAACAGGAGAAAACGAUUGCCAUCAGAGGCCCCCCAAAGACUGUGACAGCCCACAUCCUCUUCGUAAAGACAGCAGCAGGUCCCCCCAACCAUGGGCUGACGGGGAUGGGCCACGGACUGAUGGUCUACCUGGCCAAACCUCUGUGGUCGGGGCCGUGCGUGGGGACAUGACAAGUACCAUAGAGGUGGUGACUGCUUUCUUAGCCAAGGCUCCUCCUCAUCCGUUGACACCAGGUCCUACACGUCGAUGCUGGGCACCACCACAGACUAACUCUCUAACCUUGCCAAUGACACGCAGAUCCAGUACAAGCACCAGCACAGCCAUCCAGACUUCCCCAUGCCUAAAAAAGCCCCAGUCUCUCCCUUCCACCCAAAUACGUAGCCACAGGGACUCAGUUGGCGUGGACGGCGAUGAUGAGCAUGACUCUCAAGAUGAGUACCUUAUGCAUAACCAUGUGUUGAUGUCCAGGUCCAAGGAUCAGAAUGGUCCUCCUGGGCCUGGGGAUCGAACUGUGACAGAACGAAAGUCUAAAGCCUCCAGGACAGACAUUAAAUCAGCUGUUAGUGUGGUAAAAAACUCCAGGCGCAGCUGCCCGCCUUCAGUCUUUCAGAGCACUGAGCCAUAUCAGUGUUCCUCUGUAUCGUGCCGAGAUGGCACCAGGCGUCAAGGAAGCAGCACUCCCUCAGUGGUCAGGAGGAGAAAGCGUUUGAAUAGGACAACAAGUGAUCCUGGAAAGGAAGUGCACUACUGCACCACGCCCUCUCAGACCGAAAGCCCCAGUCCAUCCCCGCCACCCUCAAAUACCAAACUCUGCACCACUCAAGUUCAAACUGAGAGCCCUUCCCCAUCUCCAAAUUCAAAGUAUUGCACCACCCAAAGUCUAAAUGAGGGUCAACAUCAGUCUCCACCUUUGAGUGGCAAACAGUGCACAACCCAAAUUGAAAAUGUCAACUCUUGCAUAACCAUACCUCCAAAUGCUGAAAAGUGCACCACUCAAAUACAAACAGACUCUCCUUGUCUGUUGCCUCCAAAUAAUCAACCUUGCACUACCCAGACACAAACUUACAGUUCCUGUGCUUCCCCACCUUUGGUGGUAUCACCCAGCUCAGUUCAAAUUCCAUCUGAGACUCCUGUAUCUCCAACUGUCACUCUUGACCCUCCCUCCACCCAAAUGACUACUGUGCCUUACUGUACCUCUCCCCCACCUACAAGUGCACCAACACAUACCCCUGAACUCUGCACUAAGCCACCUUGUUCCUCUUCAGUCAAGCCAGCUUGCACCAGCCCACCUCUGCAUAUAGCACUGUCCAUUCCUUGCUUCACUUCUGCACCUACUGUUAUCCAACACCCCCUACCCUAUUAUACUGUUAUGUCUCCACAAACAACCCCCAGCACAGCUGUUGUUUGCUCCAGUCCUCCUUCAAAUGCACCAUCAUGUCCCAAACGUAACUGCACCUCUCCUCUCCCAAACAUAGCAUCAUUCACUCCCUUAACCUGUUCUUCCCCUACCCCAGCUAUAACCCCCAAUACAACUCCCUUUGACCCCACCAGACAUCCAACCACUGGCCCAAACCUAACCCAUCAGCCACCAAACAAUUUAUCAAACACUACACCUCCUAUAACUCUAACACCCUGCACAUUUGUGACUCAGACUGCCCUGUGUUGCACCUCCAUAUCAUAUUACACUACUACACAUCCGAUUGGUCUCCAUGCCCCUCACUCAAACACUACUUCACCUUCUUACGCGACUCUCAUACAAACUGUAUCUCAUUGCAACAUCCCAUGUCAAGCACUGCAAAAUGCCUCCUCUGCCAACACAGGCAUGACCCCCUACUCCUCCCCUGCCCCAAAACUAAAAUCUUGCACUUCUCCAGCUCCACUUGUAAAAACAUAUGUGUCCAGUCUUUCAAACCCGCAACUGUGUGCAACUCCAAGUAAAGCUGUUCCUCUGUACUCUUCCACAUUUCGUGCUGCACCACCAUACACCCCCCCCUCUCAGGCAACUUAUAAUGCUCAGGAUAAGAGGGGUAUUCGGCUUCCACCUCCUCCCCCACCACCUCCACCUUACACACCUCGCAAAAAGGGAAAUGAACCACCAGGUCCAGCAAUCCGAACACCCUUGCUCAGGGCAGAUGGUAAGGCCAGCGAACAAGACAAAGACAAGGAGAAGGAUAAAAAGGAAACUGUAAAAUGUACAGACUCACCCAAGCUCUGUGAGGGAGCCAGCUCUCUGAAGCACAGAGCUCAAACCCCGCCAGUUGCUGUGAUGAAGGAGGAGAGGCAGUCUUCCUCCUCUCCUGCCAAGGCCUGUUUUAAGCCCAGUUGUCUCAGCUCAGCCCAGGCUCAGCUUGGGGCACUACACAAAAUGCUCUGCUCAGGAGCCAGUGCCAGGCCCAGCACCCCCAACAGCCAACAUCCUCUCCCUCCAAACCAGCAGGGUUGUUCUGGAGCUAGGGGCUGCUCUGCUUCUGGGGAGCUCCCUACAGUGGGGCCCCUGACUGCCACCCAGGCUGAUACACUAAGACAGGUCCAGGAAAUUCUUGGAGGGUUGGUGUCUGGGGCCCGGUGUAAAUUGGACCCAUCCAGAGUGACAGAAAAGCUCCUGAGUCCCAAUGGACCCCUGCAUGAUAUUCGUAACCUGCAGAACCAGCUCCACAGCUUGGAGGGGGUCCUGGAGACCAGCCAGAACACCAUUAAAGUCCUGCUGGAUGUCAUUCAAGACCUUGAGAAGAAGGAAGCUGAGAGAGACGGAAGACAUUCCUACAGGACUGGACAGGACAUUGAGAACUGUGGGACAUGCAGAGACUGUGCCUGCAUCAUCUACAGUGUAGAACAUGACUUUCGUCUCCAGGAAGGGCAGGUGGUACGUACGUGGAAGGUGGGUGACCCUCCUGAGGGCUUGUCACAGCCUGCCACUCCCCAGCCCACCACACUCCACCAACAAGACUCACCUCAGUCGGUGCGACUGCCUGCCACCACCAAGAAGAACAGGAAGAAAUGCUUCUGGUUUCUCUGAGUGCUGGUGGACAAAGCAAGAGACAUUUUGAUACUGUAAUGCACUGCAUACCCUUCUUUUAAAAGCUAUAUAUGAAUUUAGAUUUUAUUUUUUAAAAAGUGUGAAUUGAAUUGGGGAAUUAAACUGCAAACAAACCUGUGGAAGGAGAAAGGUGCAAAGGUUAUGAUUUUAGCUGUUGGAGUUGAUGUAAGCGGGGGUGCACAUACAGUCAAAUAAAAGCAAAGGUUCAGUCCACAAAAUGACUCAUAGUUAUGAAGCAGUUAGGAGAUAUAAGAGAAUAUAUAGCGGGUGCAGUGGAGCAAGGGGAACAGUACAACAGAUGGAGCAUAUUUACAGUAUAAAAGAUGAAUAGUUUAUACAGUAGGCAGAAGACAGAGAGGAAGGAUUCAUCUUCAUUAAUGGAUUAAUGAGGGUCAGAACACCAGCUUUUAUAUCCAGAGACAUUUAAAAUAAUUAUUAUGACCUGUGUUUAAAACUUUUAAUAACCUGUAACUGAUUAAAACUACUAUACAUGUCUACAUGCACAUACAACACACACAGUCACAUACAUAAACAAACUAAUACAUUAGCAUAAAAAGCAAACUGUAUAUAAGCUGAGGGAACGGUGAGAGGAGUUCUGUACAUAUCAGAGCUAUUCUGCUUGGAUG